AUGCCAUUAAAAUUAGAUAAUGAAUCAGAGUUACGUGAAGCUCAAGCCGCUUUAUUCAAUAUAAAUUCUACCGGUGGUUGGGUUAUGUUGAAUUAUGUCGGUCCUUCAACUGUUCAUUUCGCUGCUGGCGGAGAAAAUUUUGAAGAAAUUGUUAAUCUUCUUGAGGAUGAUCAAAUCCAAUAUGGUGUUCUUAGAAUUGGUAAUAUUGAAGAGAAAGGUACUUUGAAAACCACAGUUAGAGAUGUUUUCUUUUGUUGGAUUGGUCCAGGUGUUGGAAUCAUCGAAAAAGGUAAAAAGACCGCUUUUUUAGGUGAUGCUCAACAGUUACUUCAACCAUACCAUGCUGAUAUCACAGUACUUAAUAAAAAAAAUUUUAACCGUGAAAAUAUCCUUGACAGAUCUCAUCCAUUAUCUGGUAGUCAUGUUAUUGAUUAA